AUGACCCAUAACCUCUCCCUCUGCCAAACUCUUAUCAAAACGGCUGCUGAAGCAGGGGCUAAAGCAUUGUUUUUACCAGAAGCCACCGAUUAUAUCGCCUCAAGCCCCACAGAAUCGCUCGCCCUAGCCCGGCCUAUGAACUCAAGCCCCUUCUUACUUGGUCUACAGAAAGCUGCAAAGGAAUCCGUUCUAGCUAUUAACGUUGGCAUCCAUGUCCCGGCUCCUGACAACAAGAUUUACAAUCGAAGUUGUUGGAUUAAUGAGAAGGGGGACAUUGAGUCCUACUAUGACAAGCUUCAUUUGUUUGAUUAUGGGGCUUUGAAGGAGAGCAAUGUUGUGGAAGGUGGGAACAGUAUUGUUACCCCUGUGGAGACUGUUGUUGGUAGGGUGGGCUUGACGAUUUGCUUUGAUCUUCGUUUCCCGGAGAUUAGCUUGGCCCUCAAACGUCAGAACGCCCAGAUAAUCACAUAUCCAUCUGCGUUUACACUGCCGACGGGCAAGGCACAUUGGGAAGCAUUGCUGAGGUCUAGAGCUAUUGAGACCCAAGCCUAUGUCAUUGCUGCUGCCCAAUCUGGAUCACACAAUACUAAGCGUACGAGUUACGGCCAUUCGAUGGUGGUUGAUCCUUGGGGGAAGGUGCUUUUAGAUCUGGGAGGGGAAGUUUCGGAGCCCAAGACUGGAAUUAUAGAUAUCGAUUUGGACUACAGAGAGAAGAUUAAAAAAGAGAUGCCGUUGUUAAGGAGAACGGACGUAUACCCGGAGGUAUGA